AUGCCCGAGUUUGAUCAAGAGCAGGGAUACCGUGAUGGAGAGGAAGAAAAGUAUUGCAAACUUUUCAUUGGUGGCUUGAAUUACACAACCACUGAAGAAGGACUCCGGGGUCAUUUUGAGCAAUGGGGUGAAAUAGUGGACUGUGUAGUUAUGAGAGAUCCAGUCACUAAAAGAUCUAGAGGUUUUGGCUUUGUCACUUACAAAACAGAGGAGAUGUUGGAUGAUGCUCAGAAAAACCGUCCUCACAAACUGGAUGGCAGAGAGGUGGAUACAAAGAGAGCUAUUCCUAGAAAUGAAUCUGAUGAAACUCAAGCAACUGUGAAAAAAAUGUUUGUUGGUGGUUUAAAAGAUGGAACCACUGAGGAGGAAAUCAAAACCAAAUUUGAAACAUUUGGUACCAUUGAUAAAGUUGAAAUGAUUAAAGAUAAAAACACAGGCAAACAGAGAGGUUUCUGUUUUGUCACUUAUGAUGACUAUGAUGCUGUUGACAAAUGUGUGUUAAGGAGAAGAAUUCAACUGAAAGGGAAAUAUGUUGAAGUAAAGAAAGCUGUGUCAAAGAAUGAAAUAGAGAGAGCAGGACGAGGUGGCAUGAGCAGAGGUGAUUUUGGUCGCUCUCGGAAUAAUUUUGAUGACUUUGGAGGUGGUGGAAACUGGAACAUGGGAGGUGGUGGCAGCUGGGGAAAUUCAGGUUAUGGUGGCAACCAAGGUGGUAAUUGGAACCAAGGUAACCAAGGAGGCUGGAAUCAGGGCUAUGGUGGUGGUGGCAGUGGAGGUUAUGGAGGUGGUAACUUCAACCAGAGAGGCAAUUUUAGUGGUUACAACCAGGGCAACAACUUUGGAGGUGGUGGUGAUUAUGGUGGCAAUGAAAAUGCCCCUGCUGGGGAGACCACAGCUGACUCCCCACAUCAUGACAAGCUUUCGCCAACAGAAUAUGCAUACGAUGGCAACUGGGGAAAUCAGAACUUUGGUUCAGGAUAUGGUGGCAGUGGUGGUGGUGGUGGUAACCUUGGUGCAAUGAGGGGUGGAAAUUAUGCUCAACGGUCAGGUGGACCUUAUGGAGGUGGUUAUGGAAUGGGCGGUAACUGCCUGUUCAACAUUAUUGUCUUGGGCCUGGUUUGCUGUGGAGCCAAUUCAAAGUGA